CGCCGCCAGCCUGGACGGUCUCAGCAGCGUCCCGCUGGGACCAGGUGUCCCGGGCGUGCCAAGAUGCAGCCGGGGCUCUGGCUCCUCCUGGCCGCGCAGCUCGCAGCUCUCCAUGGCAGCUCAGUGCUCCAGCAGGCCCCUGGGUCCAUACUGGUUCAGACCAACCAGAGGGUGAUAAUGUCCUGUGAAGCCAAAACCUCCCCCACUAGCACACGCAUCUACUGGCUGAGACAGCGCCAAGCUCCGAGCCCGGACAGUCACCACGAGUUCCUGGCCUUCUGGGAUUCCGUAAAAGGGAUUGUGUAUGGCCAAAAUGUGGAGCAAGAGAAGCUAACUGUGUUUCCGGAUGCAAUGCGGUCCAUUCUCAAUCUCACAAGAGUGAAGCCAGCAGACAGUGGCAUCUACUUCUGCAUGACCAUCGGGACCCCUGAGCUGACCUUCGGGAAGGGAACUCAGCUGAGUGUGGUUGAUGUCCUUCCCACCACUGCCCAGCCCACCAAGAAGCCCACCCCCAAGAAGAAAGUGUGCCGGUCCCCAAACCCUGUGACCCAGAAGGCUCUUAACCGUCCCCAGCUGCCCUGCAAGCCCGCUUUGACGGCCCAGAUCAUGGACCCCAGCCUCCUCCCUGGGCUGGAAGGUGGCAACCGCGAAAAAGAGGGCGACUCUCCUCUGCGGGGCUUCGGGUGA